GGAGGUGCAGUUACAUAGGUAUCAUUUCCCAUGACCGACUCCUAAGUACUCACGAUCUAGACGGCUGAAUUUUUUCUUUUCUACUUUUCUUUGACAACAAUCAGCUGAUAAGUAGGACAAAAGUUCAAAUACCGGUGUAGAAUUUCUAGAAAUAGAUUAAAAAUGUUAAUGAAAAAGUUGGUUGGUCGUACGGCAUCUUCCCUUACCAGGAGUUUAUCAACAAGAGCACGACCAUUUCCUGUUCUCCAGGACACUGUUGAUGUUUCUUGUCCUCAGUUGGCAGAUGGCAGGGCUAAAGCUGAGGGUCGUUUAGCAGAGCUUCAAAAACUCAGUAGCAUAUGCUUAGCCGGAGGAGGAGAAAAAGGCAUCGCCUUACAUGUUAAGAGAAAUCGCAAGAUGUUGGUUCGAGAUAAACUGAAAUAUAUUUUGGAUGAUGACACAGAUUUCCUGGAGUUUGCUUUGCUUGCUGGGUUGGGUCAACCUUAUGGUGAUGUUCCAUCAGCUGCUGCCAUUUGUGGUAUUGGAAAGAUUCAUGGAAGAUACAGCAUGGUUGUUGCUAAUGAUGGGACAGUCAAAAGUGGCACUUUUUACCCAAUUACAGUCAGGAAGCUGAUUCGGGCUCAAGAACUGGGUGAAAUUAACCGACUGCCUUGUAUUUAUUUGGUUGACUCAGCAGGAGGAUUUUUACCACUUCAGCAUGAUUUGUUUGCCGACAAGAAACACGGAGGCCGUGGCUUCUAUAAUCCUGCCGUUAUGUCAUCCAAAGGAAUCCCGCAAUUGGCUGUUGUUUGUGGCUCUUGCACAGCUGGUGGUGCAUAUCAACCGUCAAUGUGUGAGGAUGCUGCAAUUGUUACGAGAAUUGGAACCAUUUUCCUUGGAGGUCCACCUCUGGUAAAGGCUGCAACAGGUGAAGAAAUAUCAGCAGAGAAUUUGGGUGGAGCUACAGUCCAUUGCAGCGUGAGUGGUGUCACUGAUUAUUUUGCUUCAACAGAAGAAGAGAGCUUUGAGAUUCUGCGUGAUCUGGUUGCAACCCUAAAUGUAGACCCUGUUAGCUUCUCGCCUGAAGCUGAGGAUCCUUUUCUGGAUGCAUCUACUUUGAAUGAUUUAAGUGGCAUUGAAGCUAUUGACAGACAUAAAUUGUAUGCGGUCAUUGCAAGGGUUGUUGAUGGUGGACGUUUCCGUGAAUUUAAGCAGCAGUAUGGCAAGAACCUUACUACAGGAUAUGCAUUUAUUGAGGGGGGGUGCGUUGGAGUGGUAGCUAAUGCUGGUCCCUUAACCUACCAAGAUGGAUUAAAAGGAUCUCACUUCCUGCAGAUAUGCCAGCAAAGGAAAUUACCUGUUAUAUUCUUCCAGAAUUCUGGCCCCUUACCUUCCUACGAGUCAUCUGUGAAAAGUCUGACUGUUGAGGAAUCAUAUCAAGCCAUCAAAGGAAGGGCUGCCAUGAUGGGGGCUCUUUCAUGCAUAACUGUCCCGAAGAUAACCAUUAAUAUCGGAAGCUGUCACGCAGAUGAUAAUUACACUAUGUGUGGCCCAUCAUUUUCUCCAAACUUCAUUUUUUCAUGGCCAGGGACUACAGUGACUCACACUUUAAACCCACCUUGUGUGCCUGCUCCUGCAAAGCCAUUAGAAGCUCCAAGUGCAGGUGGAAAGGACAAAAAGAAACCCAGAUCUCUCUCGGCAUUUAGUUUUCCCGUUGGAAGUUCAUUUUACAUGGCAGCAGAGUCUCUCAUAGAUGGGAUCAUUGUUCCGUCAGAUACAAGGAAGGUUGUUGCAAAAUGCCUGCAAAUCUGCCGACAACAGGAAACACUAGAGAAUAGUUCAAAGGAUUUCCCAGUGUUCAGGCUUUAGAAAUCUUCAUUUGUAAAUAUAUGUAAUUUACUCGAGCAUUUUUAGGAAGAUCACAGAUAGAAGACUUCAUCAAUUUAAUUACCACAAUGAUGGCUUCAAAUAGCCAUACAAAAAUAAACUGGUGCUAUAUAUUUUUAGAUAUUUUGAGCUAUAUUUUUAGAUAUUUUGAGCUAUAUUUUAGCAGUAUGAACUUUUCAGGGACUUUUUUCAUUUGUUAGCUCAGACAUGGCAGGUCCAAGACCUGCUAGGACCUGCCUCUUCUAUGUGUUUGAAGUAAGCUUGUACGUAUUCAUGCAAAGGACAAAGCUAUUACCUUAUGGAAAUCUUUAUAUCCAGUAAAUGUAGAUAAACCAAGGCUCACUAACAGGAGUUCUUAAGGUUCUAUGUAGCAUCUCUUCAACCCUUUUUAGCAGUUUUCUAUACAGGUAAUAUAAUAUGUGUUUUCAGAUUCUUUGUUAUCUUCUUUGUUUAUCUUAUAAACUUUCAUUUGUGAGUAAGAAAAGUGUUUCCCAAGAAUGUAACUGUAUUUCUUGAAGGCUGUUAAUGCUCUUGUUUAGUGCUUAGUCAAAAUCUCGAGAAAAAUCAACACUUCAUAAAUUGAGUCUUGCUGUCACCUAAUAGAUAACAUAAAUAGUUUUUAAUUUGUUACUAUGCAUCCAGGCAUAAGCUACUUAAGAUAUAGCAUUAAACUGGAUAUGGUUUUGCAGAAGAAACUGGUGUUUGGUAGCACAAAAGAAAGUACUAUUCCAAUUAAGUAGUACUUGAUUGAAAUCAGAGGCAUCUACUUUGUCCUUUUACAAUUACAGAGGCAUUGAGCAGCUUGAGAUUUAUGCUUAUAUUCAUUGUUAAUAUAGUGCCUUCAUAUUAUACAACUAAAUCAAUGCAAUUAAGGUAAGAAUUUUAUAUACAUAGUAAAAACUAGACGAUAGUUUUGUAGUACUAUUAUGGUUAUAAUUUUUAAUUGGUUGAAACUGAAUAAACAGUGCUCCUUA